GAGCUUCUGCAGGGGAUUUACAUCAUGGGCUUCAACAGACCCUCCAAAAUCCAGGAGACGGCUCUGCCAAUCAUGCUGGCGUACCCGCCCCAAAAUCUGAUUGCCCAGAGCCAGUCAGGGACAGGGAAAACGGCAGCUUUUGUCUUGGCGAUGCUGAGCAGAGUUAAUGCUGCUGAGAAAUACCCACAGUGCCUCUGCCUGGCUCCCACCUAUGAGCUGGCCCUGCAGAUUGGGCGCGUGAUCGAGACCAUCGGGCGCUUUUGCGCCAACAUCAAGGUUACCUACGCCGUCCGGGGAAACCGAGUUCUGCAGGGCGCCGCACUGGAGGAGCAGAUCGUCAUCGGGACGCCGGGGACGAUGCUGGACUGGUGUUUCAAACGGAGGGUCGUGGACGUGAAGAAGAUCAACAUGUUCGUGCUGGACGAGGCCGACAUCAUGAUCGACUCCCAGGGCCUCUCCUAUCAAAGCAUUCGCAUUCAGAGGGCUUUACCCAAGGGCUGCCAGAUGCUGCUGUUCUCGGCCACCUUCAAGGAAUCUGUACGGGCUUUCGCCGUGCAAAUCGUCUCCAACCCCAUCGUGAUAAAGCUGCGCGAGGAAGAGCUCACCCUCAGCAACAUCAGGCAGUACUUCUUCGUCUGCAGGAGCAGGGAGGAGAAGUACAGAGCCCUCUGCAACAUCUACGGCAGCGUCACCAUCGGCCAGGCCAUGAUCUUCUGCCAGGUGAAGCGCCUCGGCGCCUGGAGAGAUUAUUUGCAGUCAGAAAAUGGUUCCGUUCACAGCGUCGCCAUCCUGACGGCCGAGCUGACGGUAGCCCAGCGCGCUGAUGUCAUCCAACGCUUCCGCGACGGGAAGGAGAAGGUCCUCAUCGCCACCAAUGUCUGCGCCAGAGGGAUCGACGUGCAGCAGGUCACCAUCGUGGUGAACUUCAGCCUCCCCACCGAUCAGAACAGCGAGCCGGAUUUCGAGACCUACCUCCACCGCAUCGGGCGAACGGGACGCUUCGGGAAGAAGGGCAUUGCCUUCAGCAUGGUGGAAAGCCAGAACGUGGGGCUGGUGCAGAUGAUAGAGGAGCAUUUCCAGACCAAGAUCAAGCAGCUGGACCCAGAUGACAUGGACGAGCUCGAGAAGCUUGAAAACUGA